UAUAUAUUCAUUUUGUUUAACUUUUAUCUAAUCAUUCCUUUUUUUUCAACUGACGUGAUCUUGGAUUAAUUACAAAUCUCACUGCAGUUUAAAUUAUUGAGACCUUAAUAAUUAUGAAGUGGAUAAACAGCAUUCUACUGACAUUUUUUAUGUCUUUCAUUGCAAGAAGUAAAGCUAGUUGCGAGAUCAGCAAUUCCUCUGUUUCGAAACACAGGACGGACUUUCAAGGAUUAGUUUCAGCAGGGAAUAAAUUAAUUUAUGUUUAUAUCAACUCAAGCUUCUUAAAAGAAAACAUAGUUGACGAAUUUCAUCGCAACCGAAUCCUGGAAUGGAUUUGGGUUACUCGGAACUACAAACAUUUUCUUGGUUAUCCGCUUGACUUGGAUGUACUCACUCUAAAUGUAAUGAGAAGAGACGUCGAUGUUUUGAGACUAAAUAUCGAUUUGGUCAAUGAAACGAACUGUGUCAACGUGUCUGAUCCUGGUUUUAUACGCAGCUAUCUGACAAACAUACUAGUAUUUAAUGAAUCUAUUAGUACAUGUAAAUCAUUUUUUGACUCUGACGUAAAACGUUGGAUUUGUCAUCGAUUCUUCGAAAAUCAAGAGUUCAAACGUACUCUGUUUGAUCUUUCGCACGUUUCUAUUGGAUACGACUUUCAGUGUUACUCCUCCAAACCCAAUGUUGUGACGCAAGAUGGGACGCAUGAGCUGAAGUCCAGGGUUGUGUACCUUAUUGUUGCCCUUGUCCUCCUCGCCUUUUUAUUCACCCCAACUUAUCUUUCUGUCGCAAUACCAGACGAGACCAAGUGUCUUUUCGAACAUUACCGGAAGUCGGACUACCCAUACAGCCCCCGUCGUUUGUUUCGAUACGUUCUUUUUUAUAAAAAUUGUUGCAAAUUUGACUGUCUCGUCCGAUUCACUCUGAUAACUUUUCUGUGUUGUGUACUGUUCUUCGUCUUAAAACGAAGUAUGUUGUUUGAUUUACCAACUCCGUUGUCCGAGUACCCAAGGGUUUAUGACACGACUAUUGAACAAAUGUCAAGGGAAAUGUAUGCUUUCAAAACUGUUUUGUUUACCAUAUGGUUUUUGAUAAUGAUGAUUGGUCUCUUCUAUCUCUCUAAAGACCAAGGGGAUACGUUCUUACUUCUUGAUGUUUUGGGUUGUUUGGACCGAGGAGAAUUUGCGUUGCCUAAUACAAAGACACGGUGUGGUCCUCUUAAAACGGUAUCCGUUCAUUCUGUCUUAGCAGUCUUGCAUGCAGAGGAAUGCAAAUCCAUUUGCAGGCAAACAAUUCACAAGUUCUAUUUACUUGUUUCUGUUAGGUUUUGGACAAUUAUUUUCCUUGAAGGUUUUCGAUUUGCACCAAACAGAAAUUUACGAUGGAUUUGUGUUUCUUUGGCAAUAAUACAAUUCCCUAUAAAUGUCUGCGUGACUUUUCUUCUAAUCUCGUGUCCUUUACUUAACUACACAUUUCAAAGCUUAUUGUGCUUAUUGCAAAAGUUUACAGAAAUAAAUAGCAAUAAUUUUUACAUUAAAACUUUACAAAAGAUUACCGGUUGUUUAUCAACAGUACUUUCUAUUGGUUACAUGUUUGCACUAUAUUAUUACUUCACAGACAAUGUCAUAAUCAUAGGCUUUACAUAUUUCUUCCAAGCCACAAUUUACCUUUUAUUGGUUGCGGCUCCUCAUCUGUAUGCGACAAAUUUUCGAAUCUUUUUGUUUUGGGGAUCGUCCAUUCUAUAUUUAUUGUUAUAUAUUAUUGAAAGUUUUGAUUUGUACAAAGUGCUUCUAAAUAAGAUUUUAAAAAUCAAUGGUACAUCCGAAAUUAAAAUCAGGAUUUUUGAGAAAAUAGCAGGGCGUUUCUUUCCAUUGCGAUUGGAACUAUUUGUUGUAAUUGGGAAAAUAUGCGUAACAUUCAUGAUUCUGUUCAUCAUUUAUGAUACUCUUAAAUUCGUUCAUUAUUUGGACGAGAAAAGUUCUUUUGAUCUGCAUCAGGUUUUCUCUCUCCUCUUUACUCUUACUCCAGGACUUCUUGAAAAGUACUUCAUUGAAAGCAACAAAGAUAAGGUCACAAGACUUGGUGAUGAAAUUCGUGAUUAUUUAAUGGAACUAAAUGAAAAUCCACCCGUCGCCGAGAACACUGUACCCUGCUGUUGUGACUGCUGUCGUGUGAUUGGCCAAAUUGUUAUGGAAAGGCGGGAAAUAUACACAUGUGACAUAUCCUGUUCGAGUUGUUUACUUGAAACUCGGAAAAACCAUAACAACUACGAUGAAAUGCAAUGAUUCCUUGAAUUAUACUUGACUACAAAGUAUUUUGAGAAAUAAUACUUCAGAAAAAUCCAAAGACUGUCGUGGAUUUAAUGAAAGCAGAUUGCAGUUGUCAAACACCACCAAUGAUAAUAUUUAUGUAAAAGAUACAGAUGUAUCUUUGAAGGAGUUAACAAGAUUGGCAAGACGAUUUCCUUAAGCGAAGAUAUCUUUGUUAAAUAACAUAGAUAUAGAUUUACUUUAGAAAGAGAGAUAAUAAAUUAAGUUUCAU